AUGAUUUCGCGGCCACUUCCACUCGUUUUCCUCGCCGGAUUGUUCAGUCUCAUCUGGUGGCUGUCGAAUCAACCGCUGUUCGCCUUACAUCGCGAACGACAACGCAUCUCCAACCUCGACCUGGUGCUGGGCGAGAAGCUGCCUUCACAUCUCAACUACUCGACCAGCACCCCUGCCGACAAUCACGACUUUUACUCUUCGAACCAGGCGCGGGCCUUUUGCCAGGCUCAUGGCUACGAAGUCUUUGUACCUCAUGCCGCCUCCGGCGAACGCAAGAUCUACGACCUCGUCAUGGUCAACACGGAGCUGGAUUGGCUGGAGAUUCGGCUCGAGACCAUGUACGACCACGUCGACUACUUCAUCAUUGUCGAGUCGCCCAAGACAUUCCAGGGCGGCAACAAGGCCCUCAUUGUGCUCAACAACUGGGACCGCUUCCAGCGCUUCCACGAUAAGAUGAUCUACCACCAGCUGACCUUUCCGGAAUGGUUCAAGCCCAAGCGGCCCUGGGAUUAUGAGGAUCUACAGCGCGACGCCGGCUACGACCAGGUCUUCCCGCAAUUGGCAGGCCGCUCAGCUCCCGUCCUCGGCGACGUGAUACUCGUGGCAGACGUUGACGAGAUUCCACGACCCGAGACGCUCUUCUUGCUGCGGACAUGCAGUUUCCCAGCCCGUCUCACACUGGCAUCACGCUUCUACUACUACUCGUUCCAGUUCCUCCACACCGGCCCCGAAUGGCCAUUCCCACAAGCAACCUUUUACCGCGGCCAACGCACAAUCCGACCGAACAACCUGCGCGCCGGCAUCGGUGGCAUCCCAUUCCUUCGAGAUCUCGACAAAGGCCACCUCUCCAACGCUGCCUGGCACUGCAGCAGCUGCUUCGCCACGAUAGAGCAGUUCCUCAACAAAAUGGCCAGCUUCUCGCACGUGUGGAUGAAUAACGAGUACUACCGCGACAAGGACGUCAUUGCCGAUGCGGUCCGGGAUGGAAAGGACGUCUGGGGCCGGAAGAUUGAUACGUUUGAGAAGAUUGAUAAGAAUCUGGACGUGCCGGCGGUGCUUUUGAGGGAGAGGAACAAGUACAAGUAUAUGCUGGAUAGGAGUGGCAAGUCUGCUGGGUUUACUGAUUACCCGUGA